GGCCGCUGCAGGAGAAAUCCGCGUCGCCCCGCCCCGCGUCUGUGACUGAUUGUCAGUUAAAACAAGCCUGUAAAAAGCCAGGGAUCGACCUGUGGCUGCGGAGCGUGCGCUUCGGUUUGGGUGCCGUUUGGGUCUCUCGGUUAACUUUCUGUUAAUGCAGGUGCAGCGUAAUAGAGCCCGGAGAUGUAGAGCGCGACCUGGCGUGCGCUGAGGAGACCUUCCACAAGAGGAAGCCUGUGCUUCAGCCUUCAGCUUCUGGAAUGGCUCAAGAAGAGAUGGAAGUUGAUCUCCAGCCAGUGGCUGGUUACUCUGCAGAGAGCCUUGGGACGCUUCCCAUAGAGCCCUCCAGUCAGGCAGCGCUGUCCUCCCAUGCCCCAGUGCUCAGUGAAGACAGAGGCAGUGGUACAGUUCUUCCUGCUGAUGAGGCUGUUGGCAUACCAAGUGUUGGUACAAGGGAGGCAGCUGCCCAGCCUGACGUGCUACUGGGCCCUGCCUCGGCUCUCAGCGGGCUGCAGAGGCUGCAAGGGGCGAUCAGUCUGUACCAGCCACCGCCUGUGUCGCCAGUCAUGCAGCAGCCGCGAAUGAGGAGAGCUCGCAGGCAGCAGAGGAUUGGGGGUUCCCAGAGGACAAUCAGCACCAGGACCCAAGAGCCAGCUACAGUUCCACAUCUGGCACCCUCACAUCUUGCAAGGGACAACCAGGAACACAGCUCAGAUGAAACAAUAGAAGUGAGUGACUCUGAGAGCAGCACUUCUGCUGAGGAGGAGGAGGAGGAAGCGGGGGAGGCUGCAGCACCGCUGUCUCUGUCAGCCCAGGAGAUGCCUCCAGCAGUUGGCUCAGAAGUUUCCAGUCAGAUCCAAGCAGAGCCACCUCAGGCUUUGUCUCAAGCUCCUGCAGAACAAGGAAGUCAGGAAGAUGAAGAGGCUGAAGUCCAGCAAAAGCAGAGAACUCCACUAAAGAAACUGGAACCAUCAGUUCCUGUGGUGCCACUGGAAGAGGAGGAAGGGGACACCUGUGCAAUCUGCUUUGAGCAAUGGACCAAUGCUGGGGACCACCGUCUGUCAGCCUUGCGCUGUGGGCACCUGUUUGGUUACACCUGCAUUGAGAGGUGGCUCAAGGGACAAGCAGGGAAGUGCCCUCAGUGCAAUAAGAAAGCAAAACGUUCUGACAUUGUGAUCCUGUACGCCCGCACGCUGAAAGCGCUGGACACCAGUGAGCAGGAGCGCAUGAAAAGCUCUUUAGAGAAGGAGCAGCUGCUGCGGAGACAGGCAGAGCUGGAAUCGGCACAGAGCCGUCUCCAGCUGCAGGUUUUGACAGACGAAUGCAGCAAACUCCGCAGGCAAGUUCAGGAGCUGAAGGCUCUGGUGGCCCAGCACAACGUGAGUUCUUCUCAGCAACCUGGCAGCUCCCGCCCCUGCCUCCCUGGCAGCCUCCCCACCAGCCAAAGCCAGCGCAAGUACCAUUUGGAAAAGGUUUUUGUGGUGUCUCAGAGUGGGAACUGCAGAGUGAUGGCAUACUGCGACUCACUGAGCUGCCUCGUGGUAUCUCAGCCUUCUCCACAGUCUACUUUUAUUCCUGGUUGUGGUGUUAAGAUGAUGAGUGUGGCCAAUCUGAAGAGCAGUCAGUACAUCCCCAUCCAUAGCAAACAGAUCCGGGGCCUGGCUUUUGGCAGCCGAGGGGAUGGUUUACUGCUCUCUGCUGCUCUGGACAACACUCUGAAACUCACCAGCUUGGCAACAAAUACCGUGGUGCAGACAUACAAUGCUGGCCGACCUGUCUGGAGCUGCUGCUGGUGCCUGGAUGAUGCAAACUACAUCUACGCCGGGCUGGUCAAUGGCUCUAUCAUGAUAUACGACUUGAGAGACACCAACUCUCAUGUUCAGGAGCUAGUCCCUCAGAAGUCCAGGUGCCCCAUGGUAUCGCUGUCCUAUCUGCCCCGGAUGGCCUCAGCAUCGCUGCCCUGUGGUGGAAUAUUGGCUGGGACCUUGGAAGGAGCCUGCUUUUGGGAACAGAGAGCUGGGAACUCCUACCGGCCUCAUCACCUGAUGCUGGAACCCGGCGGGUGCAUCGACAUCCAGACAGAGACCAGCACACGUCACUGCCUCGCCACAUACAGGCCCAGUAAAAAUAACCCAUGUGUGCGUUGUGUGAUGAUGGAACUGACCUGCAGCCCACGAGUGGAGGCCUCAGAAGAUGUGGUGUGUUCUUCUAACCCUGUUCAGACUUUCAGUGCGGGGCCCACUUGCAAGUUGCUGACCAAGAAUGCCAUUUUCCAGAGCCCAGAGGAGGAUGGCAGCGUCUUCGUGUGUGCUGGUGAUGAGGCCUCCAACUCUGCCAUGCUCUGGGAUGCUGGCAGUGGUUCCUUGCUGCAGAAGCUGCAGGCUGACCUGCCUGUGCUGGAUAUCUGCCCCAUGGAAGUGAACCAAACCCACCUCCUGGCUACUCUGACUGAGAAGUCAGUGAAAAUCUACAAGUGGCAAUGAGAGUGAUCCCUGUGCUGCCCAAAUAUGCUGCUGAAAACCCCUCUCCACAGUGUUCUGUCCCAGGCUCGGCCAUCCUGCAUGUGGUGCUUACAGGACACUGGGACCACUCCUGCACCUCUCUGAUAGACGGUAGGCCUUGGGAUGUGCUGGUGCCUGGAGCAAUUCCCUUCUUCCUCCAUCUUCCUUUUUAAGUCUGCCCUUGUUUUUCCUUUGGUCAAUGUUCUUCAGUCAGACUCCACAAGCCGCCUCAGCACAGCAGAAGUUCUUGGGCCAUCUCUAGUGUGUGUUGCUGCACUUUUUUCCCAAUGUGGAUUCAGCACAAGGACAUGCAAAUCUCUUCUAGAGAUGAACAAAAUAAGAGGAACUUGAAGAUCUGAGGCUUCCACUGCACCCUCUCGUGGAGUGCCACUGUGAUCAGUGUUGGCAGCACUGGCAUCUCGCUGGCAUGGCUGAGACUCGCUGUGAAAGCAGGAUCAAUGCUUUGGGGAGUAUUUCUUGUGGAAGGCCUAGGGUCAGCUGGCAGUGAUUCUCUGCUGAGAACAGACCCUAGUUGGUGGCCAUGGAGAGAACAGGCUUGGAAAAUCUACAGAGAACCUUCUUUUGUGUGUUUUGUUUUUUUCAGGAGCAUAUCAUUUGCACUAAUUCCUUAAUUCUCUGCUCCAUCUUACUUCCCCUUCUCUUCCCUGCUUUGUGCACAAAGAAACUUGAGCAGUCUGGCUGUGGAAAAUGAGCCUAAGCUCAGAAGCAGAGGUAGAGAGGAUGAUUCUUGUGAUGUUGGCUGUUGCAGUCCUUGGUGUCCUUCUUUACAGACAGCAACACACCAGAACAGCCUUGUGAAAGAAUCCUGGCUGCUUUUUGAGGUUUUAGCUGGGGCUUUUUCUUUUUUUUUUCCCUUUUGAGGAACUGGUGGAAACUCAGGGAUUUCAUGAGCUCACUUUCGCUGACCUUUUGCCUUUCUGAAGUCAUUGUUGCCAGCUCACCAGCGAGUCACAGCUUCCCGUGGUAGUUGUGGGCAGAUGUGCCACGGGUGUGCUGAUUGCCAUAAAUCUGAGCCUGGCAGGUCAGGGGUGGCCAGGUGCAGUGGGUUUUUGGCACCCUUACCAUAACUUUACUGCGGGGUGUGAGAACACUCAUCUCCAGGUCUGACCAGGAGAGAGGACUUAGGUUUCACCUUAGGUUUAAGGAAAGCUGCCUCGCAAUGAUGGUGGAAGCUGCAGGACAAGCUUCCUAUGCCGGGAUCAUGUCCCUCUGGCUGUGGUAAGCACUAUCCAUCCUGUUUAGGGCCACUGCUUAAAUUGCCAGGAUAAUUUUAUCUUCUGCACAGCAGCAUCACCCUGUUUGUCUUCCCUCUUAAAAAUGAGACUGAGAAGAUCUCUGCUUAACUUUAUAUUUUUCUGUAAAUUGUAUUUUGUUCCUAUAUUUUUA